CCGAUCCCGAGCCGGAGGCGAAAGGCGGCUGCUACAGGCGAGGCUGAGCGAUGGCGGCGGCGGAAGCGCGCCGGGUCCUCGUGUAUGGCGGCCGGGGCGCCCUGGGCUCCCAGUGCGUGCGCUACUUCCGAGGGAAGAACUGGUGGGUGGCCAGCAUUGACUUGGGAGAAAACGAUGAAGCGAGUGCCAAUGUUGUUGUGAAAAUGAGCGAUUCCUUCGUUGAACAAGCAGAUCAGGUGACAGAAGAUGUUGGAAAACUCCUGGGCGAAGAAAAAGUCGAUGCUAUACUUUGUGUCGCCGGUGGAUGGGCUGGAGGCAGUGCAAAAGCAAAAUCUUUAUACAAAAAUACUGACCUGAUGUGGAAACAAAGUGUUUGGACGUCAACGAUCUCUAGCCAUUUGGCCACCAAGCACCUGAAGGAAGGGGGCUUGUUGACCCUAACAGGGGCCAAAGCAGCAUUAGCUGGAACUCCAGGAAUGAUAGGUUAUGGCAUGGCCAAAGGAGCAGUCCACCAGCUUUGCCAGAGCCUCUCGGGUACAAACAGUGGGUUGCCACCGGGGUCUGCUGCAGUUGCCAUUCUCCCGGUUACCUUGGAUACUCCAAUGAACAGGAAAUCUAUGCCUGAUGCGGAUGUCAGCUCCUGGACACCGUUAGAUUUCAUUGCCGAAACCUUUUAUGACUGGGUCACUGGGAAAAACCGUCCAUGUUCUGGGAGUCUGAUCCAGGUAGUAACCACAGGAGGAAAGACGGAGCUGUCUGCUUCUCAUCUCUGAGCGGUCAUAUGUGCAAACAGCAGUGAAGAGGAGAUGCAAAGAGUGUGUGUGUGUAGUUUGUGCGGCCUUCUCUUUCUGCCAGUAAAACGGUCUUAUUUGUAGAGCAAGACCUGAGGUCAUGUUUGUGUUGCUUGAUGUUAGCCAGUUGCACUUAAUUAUCCAAAGGUACAAAGCGUCUUGUGAAUCAGGGCUGUGAAUUUGAAGAUUCACUAAUGGCCUCGCUGCAGCAUUUUCUACAGAAUUAUGCCGAGUCUUACGAAAAGCAAACAGUGAGCAGUAAAACUGUGUUUUAAUUAUAUGAAAUGCAUAUAUUUCACUGUUGUGGAAGUUCUACUGCCUUGGGGUUUCCGCCCCACACUUGAGUUGUCAUCCUGAAUACUGCCUGGGUAGUCAUUUUGUCAGGUGUAAUUAUGAACCGUCACAUUAACACAGACCAAACAUGCAGUCUUAAUUAUCUUUCCUUCUUGGAUGUUGUGUGAUAAAUCAAGGAGAUCCAUUGAAACCUGUGG